AUGUUCAUCAUUGCUCUUCUCUGUUUGGUUGGCAUAGCAGUAGCACAACAACCACAUCCAUGUACAUCGCCACCACAAUGGGAAGGUCGUAUAUUUUCUAGCAAUGAGAAACAACAUGACACCAUGAGAGGAAAGAUCAGCUAUGACGCUACAUAUCGCCGUGUUCGAAUCAUUGAAGACUUUGAAGUCGGUGACGACGAAUAUGCUUUCGAUAUACUGUCCCUCUUCGAUUCUGGACUUGAAUUUGUUUACGAUCUGAAAGCACACAACUGCACACGCCGUCCAAUAACUGAACAAUGGCGUGAUUUUGGCAUUCCACAAAAUGCUCGUUCAUAUGGUGAAGCUUACAUCGGUUCAUCAUCAUUCCCAGACGCUGGCGUUCUUAUUACUAUUUGGGGUGGCAAUUUCACUAUUCCAUCCGUAAACGUAACUCUUUCGUAUGUUUCUACAUGGACAUACAAAGGAUGUCUUCCAGUUUCUCGUACUGUCUACAGUGACACAUAUGGGAACGACGUUCUGUCAAUUUACGAUGUGACUGUUGGCAUCAGCGACCCGAAUGUGUUUAUUCCACGAAGAGAAUGUCUCACGGCCGAAGAAUACACUAUGCGACAAGCUUUGUUUGGUACACCAAACAAAAAGAACUAA